AUGGGAGAUACAUCAUUUGAUAAACUCAACCUACUCCUAAACGAAAAGAAAAAAGAAAGGGUUUGGCUUGAGAAAGAACUCCAAAACCUUAAAUUUAUUAAUGAAUCAAUUACCUAUGAGACAAUACUCAAUGAAGAUAAAAAGUUAAAAACUAGCUUAGACAAAAUACAAGAAAUAGAAAAAAAAUUAAACCAAUUAUCUUUUCAACGAUUAAUACUUCCAAAUGACAUUAAAAAUAAUUAUCAAACAUUAUUUGAUUCAAUUCAACAUAUUCAAAAACCAUUUAUUAUUACUCAACCAAUUAUUAGAACAAGCACACCCUCUGAAAGUGAACAAUCUGAAUCAAGUGAAUUAGUUAUUAAACCAAUAAAUGGAUAUAUUCCACCAAGUCCACAUAUCUCAAUUCACUUUGGUAAAGUUGAAAAAGGACAAAAAGAAUUUACAACUCAAGUUAUAGAAUUUGACAAAUCACCUGAAUUAGAUAGAAACUUUGAUAUAUUAAAAGAAAAAAUGAAAUAUAAACAUUAUCGUUGUUUUUAUAAUUCAUCAUUAGAUGGAUUAUAUAGUGCUAAAAUUAAUUCAAGUUUAAGAAAUGUAAAAAAUGCAAUGUUUAUGAUAACAUCAACAGAUGGAUUCGUAUUUGGUGUAUUUUCAUCAUCUUUUCAAUCACCAAAACACUCAUAUGGGUCUCAUGAUACUGAUGGGUUUGUAUUUACGUUAUUAAAUCCUCUUCAUUUAGAACCAUUAAUUUCAUUUAAUUCAAGUGAUAAUAUGAUUACCUUACCAUUGUUAAAACGAAAAGAUGAGAUUCUUUCUAUUCCAGAUUUCCUUUGGAUAACUAAACAAAAGUGUUGGAUUGAAGUUGAUGACUUUUGUGCUUUAUAUUCAUUACCACCUUUUUGUGAUAACCAAAGUUUUAGUAAUAUUUUUACUCCACUAAAUAGUAACAAUGAAUUUUUUUUGGACAGCAUCUAUGGUUUGGAAUGGUUUGAUGAUUGA